UGAAAUACAUAUGCGUCUAUUACUCCUAUAAUAAAUAACCUUGAGAUUUAAAGUAAUGAAGAAAUGUUGAACAAGUUCCAUCCUGCAAGAUGCAAUUUAGUACAUUAAAGUGAGAUCCAUCAGUGAUUGGAUACGAAUGAGGUGGUGGUAGAUCUCAUAACCAUGCUUGCAUUGUUGUCCGUUGUCAUAUUUUGUUUCUCGAGUGGAGUUAGAGCUGCACCACAAGUUCCUUGUUACUUCAUUUUUGGUGAUUCUUUGGUGGAUAAUGGUAACAACAAUGUUCUUAGAUCUUUGGCUAGAGCUGAUUAUCUUCCUUACGGAAUUGAUUUCCCAAAUGGACCUUCUGGUAGGUUUUCCAAUGGGAAAACCACUGUUGAUGAAAUUGCUGAACUAUUGGGAUUCGAGGAUGAAAUUCCUCCAUAUGCAUCCGCUAGUGAUGAUGCCAUACUGAAAGGAGUCAAUUAUGCAUCUGCAGCUGCUGGAAUUAGAGACGAAACUGGCCAGCAACUGGGAGGGCGCAUUAGUUUUAGCGGCCAAGUGAAUAAUUACCAACAAACUGUGUCACAAGUGGUGAAUUUACUAGGAACUGAGGAUCAAGCUGCAAGUUACUUGAGCAAAUGCAUUUACUCAAUUGGAUUGGGUAGCAAUGAUUACUUGAACAACUAUUUCAUGCCUCAAUUCUAUUCAACAGGUAGUCAGUAUACACCAGAAGCCUUUGCUGAUGUUCUUAUUGAAGCUUAUACUGAACAUCUUAGAACUCUAUACAAUUAUGGAGCAAGGAAAAUGAUACUAUUUGGGAUUGGUCAAGUAGGAUGCAGUCCAAGUGAAUUGGCCCAACACAGCGAAGAUGGUACAACAUGUGUGGAAACGAUCAAUACGGCAAACCAAAUGUUCAACAGCAAACUGAAAGCUGUUGUUGAUCAAUUUAGCACCGAGCUUCCUGAUUCGAAAGUUAUCUACAUCAAUUCUUAUGGUAUUUUUCAAGAUAUUAUAAGCAACCCUUCAGCUUAUGGUUUUUCUGUUAUAAAUGCUGGAUGUUGUGGAGUAGGAAGGAACCAUGCUCAAAUUACAUGUUUACCAUUGCAAACACCAUGUGAUAAUAGAAGAGAGUAUUUGUUUUGGGAUGCUUUUCAUCCAACUGAAGCUGGAAAUAUUAUUGUUGCUCAGAGAGCUUACAAUGCUCAAUCUCCAGAGGAUGCUUAUCCUAUUGAUAUUAAUCACUUAGCUCAGCUCUGAUCUAUCAACAUGUUCUUGCUAGUCGCAAAUUUAAUUGUAUCACUACCAAAGUUAAUGUUCUCGGAAUGUGUUAUGUAUUAUCAGUUUUAAAAUUUAUUUCUUUGUUGUCGCAUAUAAAUCAUAUGCUAAGUGUUCAUAAGUCUCUUUAAUAGACCAUGUUGCCCUGAUUAAUGAUCUUUGUGA